AUGGCUCAAGCGCUAGCCCCGUCAACCGCAGAGACGUACGGCGCAGGGCUAGUCGCAUUUCAUGCUUUCUGCGACGAGCGCCGGAUAGCCGAAGAGCAGCGGACGCCCGCGUCUGCGACACUAAUGCUCGCCUUUCUCGCAGCGUUGGCCGGCCUAUACGCGGGAUCCACGGUCGCGAAUUACUUCUACGGCGUACGGGCUUGGCACCUCAUUCACGGCGUCACCUGGAACAUGGACGACGCGGCCAUGCAGUCCAUUCUGAAGGCGACAGACAUCAUUCGCGCGAUACGGCAACAGCUCGCCCUCGACCAGGGUUUCGACGCUGCGGUCUAUGCCUGUCUUACGGUUGCAUUCUACGCCUGCGCACGGGUCAGCGAGCUCACCGUGCGCAACCGCAGCAGUUUCGAACCCGGUAUCCACGCCAAGCACACUGACCUUGGGCUUGCUGAGGAUCGGAAUGGGCUGUGGCAGCAGACUUUACAGCUGCCGCGAACCAAGUGCGCCAUCGGCGGGGAGCAAAUCCACUGGGGGCAGCAGGAUGGGAUCACGGACCCUGUUGCCGCCCUCGCGAAUCACCUCCGCAUCAACAGCGUGGGUGACGACGAACACAUAUUCGCGUACACGGCACGAAACGGGGAAGUAUGGCCGCUGACACGCAAGGCCUUUCUUGACCGCAUCCGGGCCGCCACCAGAGCUGCGGGUAGAGCGCCGCUCCAAGGGCACGGCAUUCGAAUCGGCGGGACCCUCGAAUACCUGUUGAGAGGCGUCCCGUUCGAGGUCGUCAAGACCAAGGGGCGUUGGGGAAGCGAAGCCUUCCUGGGGUACCUCCGGAAGCACGCGGAAAUCCUCGCCCCCUACAUGCAGGCGCGGCCACAGCUGCAAGCGGAGUUCAUCCGGUACGCCAUGCCUCCGGUCCGUUGA